AUGCAGUUUGACUUUUGGACUCCCGUUCUUAAAAGAGUAAACCACCCUGUCGAUAUUAUGGUACGACCUGAUCUCCAAAACCUUCUGCGCACGCUCCUGCAGCACAGGGGGCUGGGCUACCACGUCAUGAUAGAUGACGUAGGCAAACUUGUGUCCAGUCAGAUGUCAGAACUAUCAGAACGGCGGGAAAAUGGGCGAUUGAGUGGGACUGCACUGAGUGGCUUCGAUUAUAAUGUUUAUCAUACGUACGAAGAGAUUAUGCAGUGGGUAGAUGACGUAGCUACUGAAUACAGUCAUAUUGUCGAAUCGUUCCUACUCGGGUAUUCAUACGAAGGACGGCCCAUUAAAGGAAUAAAGAUCCGGGGAACUGGAAGCCAUGAUGCAAAUCCUCGCGCUGUCUGGUUUGAAGGUGGCAUUCAUGCUCGAGAAUGGAUCUCACCGGCUACUGUCAUGGGAUUCACUCAGAAGCUUCUUGAUGAAUACGACAACGGUGAUAACCUCGUGGUCGAAAUGUUCGACAACCUAGACUGGUACAUCAUCCCAUCUCUGAAUGUAGACGGCUACAGCUACACAUGGCUAUCGGAUCGAAUGUGGCGUAAGACCCGCUCACUGAACGCCAAAUCAGCAUGCAUUGGUACCGACCCAAAUAGAAACUGGCCCUACGAAUGGGGAGGUGUCGGGGCCAGCACUUGGGAAUGUUCAGAUACCUAUCGAGGCGAAAGAGCCGUCUCCGAGAUCGAAGUUUUCAACGCCAUAGAUUUCUUGAGAAAGAAGAAAGAUGACGGGCAGGACUUCAUCGUGUUCAUUGAUUUCCACAGCUACUCGCAGUUGAUCAUCGCACCGUGGUCGUACCUAGAGUCCGAACCUCGCACCGAAGACUAUGAUGACCAGAUGGCGUUGGCUUUGGAGAUGCAGUCGGCCAUCAAAGAUACACAUGGUGUUGUAUACAAUUACGGGGCCGGGGCAGACAUUUUGUAUGCCUGUUCUGGUGUGACCAGCGACUGGGGUUAUGGCACCUUUUCCACACACGGGGGCAACACUGAUGGUGGACUGGGGGCCAAGUAUUCCUUUACUGUAGAGUUGCGCGAUGAAGGCCAACACGGAUUUCUUCUCCCUGCGGAUCAAAUACAACCAAGUUACGAAGAGAUGCACGCUGCCGUGCGCGCUCUCGGGGCUCAUGUCCUGAACGAGAUGAGUGCUACCGUUCAAUAAACAACCUUGAUAAACACCGUUCAUUUACGAGCUUAUUAUCUAUAACAUCGCUAAUUUAAUGAUUUAUCAGUUAUUCAAAGGUUAAGCAAGAAAUGGUUACUUCAAAGUUUUACAGAUCGAUGUCUUUAUCUUACUGAAUUAUCUGAUUUUGUGAGAUAGUAUUGAUUGAAACCACGCA